AUGUCCACAGGUGUGCCUGAACAUCGCUUGAGCUUGCCCACAAAACCCGAAGUUUUGAGCUUGUUGUCAGCCCUUGAGGCAUAUCUGCCAUAUUCUCUACCUCUGUACCGGCGCCUGCAAUUCUACCUUGCGCACCCUUCCGAUCCGACUGGGCCACCUCAUGCGCAUAUAUUCCAAGCAUUCGCAAAGGGACUAGACGGCCAGAGAAGCAAACCACGCCCGGCUGGAGGAGGCGGGCGUUUAUUGCAAGAUGAACGCCCUGACGCUAUUGAGUCGAUGUUACAGCGACCCUGGCUGGCCGCACACGUCGACCUGAGUCGGUCUGGAGAGACGCAGAUAUGGGUGUUCGCCAAUUGGGAGUGCCCCUCUGGUAAAGACUACCCGAUGCCUUCUCCUGUCCUUUUUUGA